AUGGAAUCAAAGACUAGUCAACACCCGUCGGGACUUUCAGGUGAUCAUAACGACAAGAUCGAUAAAAACUUUUAUGCUGAUCAUUUUGAGUUAUUGGAAAAAAUCGGUCAGGGAGCGUUCGGUAUAGUAUAUAGAGUGAAACAUAAAUUUGAUCAAGAGGUGUACGCCAUUAAAAUUGUCAAUUUUCUAGAUAAUAACGAUUCAAAACAACACAUAUUAAACGAGGUAAAACAUUUAGCAAAAAUACGGUCUGAUUAUGUGGUUAAAUAUUAUAACACAUGGUAUGGAAACUGUAACCAUCUGUACAUUCAGAUGGAGUAUUGCCCGCAAACAUUACGGACAGUAUUGGCCGACAAAGGGCUGGUGUUUGGCAGACAAUCACCUGCGGAACCCAUGAAUGCGUACGAGUAUUAUAUAUCGUGCGAAAUAUUUCGGGAACUUUUAGAAUGUGUUCAAUAUUUACAUGAAUUAAAGCCGCAGAUAAUCCACAGAAACCUCACAUUAAAUAAUGUCCUAAUUUCAUAUAAUACAAGUGGUAAUGUUAAUAAUACAAACCCACGGUGUUUCAUUAAACUAGGUAGCUUUGCCUUUGCAAUAGAACAUGAUAAGCAUAUACACGAUAAGUCUAAUAAUACACAUACAACUAAUGUGGACACAAACCAAUACAUGGCACCAGAGGUUAAGAGAAUUAACUAUAAUCAUAAAUCAGAUAUCUAUAGCUUGGCUUUAAUCGGGGCUGAGAUAUUUGAUUUGGAACUAGAUUACAGGUUUAAAUUAAAUGACUACCCUAAAAAUCACGCGCUUAACAAGCAUGUUAUGUUUUUACAUCGGAUGCUACAGUCAAUGAUGUCAUACCCCGUAUGCAACGAUAGGCCUGAGUGUCGGCAAGUGCGACUCGUCAUCAUUUGGGAUACAUUUAGUGAAGAAAGCAAACAAAAAGUUUUGAAAGAAGUGAAAAGUUUGUCAAAAAUGGACACAAAUUUUGUGGUCAAAUAUUACAACUCAUGGCUAGAGUUCAAUCAUCUCUAUAUUCAGAUGGAUUUUUGUCCGCAAAGUCUCACAUCUCUUCUCAAAGACAAACCCAUAGUCUUCGGGAGACAACCAAAAGACCCGAUAAAUAGUGUGUUUGAAUAUUUCAUAUCAUGUGAAAUAUUCAAAGAGCUCUUAGAAUGUGUGCAAUAUUUACACGAAUCGAGUCCACAGGUUAUCCAUCGAGAUCUCAAACCCGACAACAUAUUGAUUGAUACAAACAUUAACUCCAAUUGGUUUAUAAAGUUGUGUGACUUUGGUUUGGCCACAGAUAACAACACCGACGGCCAAACUGUCGACCGAUAUAAACGCACGGCUGUCGGCACCCAUGGAUACGCUGCGCUCGAAGUAUUGUCUGGCAAACAAUAUAACCACAAAUCAGAUGUUUAUAGUCUUCACGCAAUCGGCGAAGAGUUGUUUGGCUUUGAUUUUCAGUCGUAA